CUUCUGGAGCGACGGAGAACAGUCAGAUCUGACCCCGGGUUCACCCCCACUAAUAACUCUGAUACUCUCUUCCCCUUCAUCCUCUUGUCGUCCUCAGAGAAGAAGAGCGAGCUCGCGGCCGCCAGCCCAGUGGUGUGCUACGUGGCGGACCGUAACGAGCUGCGUAGCCGUGUGAUCCAGUGGCUGCAGACGGAGGUGGUCCCCGACGGCUGGUUCAACAAGGGCUCCAACUUCUCCGACAUCCUGCUGCGCUACUUCAAGACCUACGACAACGGCGACACCCAGCUGGACUCCUCAGAGCUGCUCAAGUUCAUCCAGCACAAUGACUCUAACGUGGACAUGCAGUCCUAUGCAGACCAGGAGAGCAACAGGCUGCUCAGGAGCCUGUGUGUGGAUGCCCUCAUCGAGCUCUCAGACGACAACGCCGACUGGAAGCUCAGCUUCGACGAGUUCCUCAACUGCCUGAAGCCCGGCUUCAACCCGCCAGAGAAAAAGUGCGCCCUGGAGGAUGAGACCUACGAGGACGGGGCCGAGACGCAGGUGGAGUGCAACCGCUGCGUGUGCGCCUGCGGGAACUGGGUCUGCACCGCCAUGACCUGCGCCGACAAGGCGGCGUUGGUGGACGAGUCGGCCGACGCGGGCGCUGAGGUCACCGAGGAGGAGUGGAACCGCCGCGUCGCAGAGCUCAACAAACACCAGGAAACCGUUGAGAAGAUGAAGGCCAGCACCAAGGAGGUCUGAAAACAGGAAGGAGGAGAUGACAUCACUUCCUCUCCACUUGAAGAUGUCUCUUUAGGGCCCUGUGGUUUCAAUGAUUUAUUUGUUUCAUGAUUCUUUCCUGUGUUAAUUAUUAUGCUUUUUUAUAUGUGUGUGUCUUUGUCUUUGUGUCAAAGUUUGUUAGAUUCUGGGGGCAACCUUGAGUAUUAUGCUAGCAGGUCCUUGUGUCCCAGUGGCCUACCUACUGGUUUGAUCCCAGUACUAAGAUCUCCACCCACUACACACGGGGGAUAGUCUUCACAGAGAAGUCCUUUGUAUUAUUGUGUGAGUGAUCACGUGAUGGAUCAGAGCUGGACUGAACACUGAGAUCGGUUUGGAUCACACGGGAUCAGAAAGGGUUCCAUCUUGACAUCCCGACCAGAUCGGCUCGUCUCCUGGGCCCCGGGGGGCCCCGGGGGGCCCCGGGGGGCCCCGGGGGGCCCCGGGGGGGCGGGGUCGGCCCUUCCAUCGUACACUACAUGACCGAUGCACUUCUUCGUAUUAUUGUAUCCUAUCUCCUCGCGCCUUUUUAACGUGCGUUUACAUUUCCACGGCCCGUUAUAAGCUGGUAUCGUACAGCGAAUGCAAUCUUAGUUUUCUACCGCCGACACGAUCAACUCAUAUAUAUCACAUGUUAUAUAUCCUACGUUAAUCUCUCGACAUGUUAAUGAAACACUCCUCUGUCAUGCUCCUCAGCACUCUCUCCCUCUCUCUCUCUCUCUCUCUGUCUCUCUCUCUCUCUCUGUCUCUCUCUCUCUCUCUCUCUCUCUCUCUCUCUCUCUCUCUCUCUCUCUCUCUGUCUCUCUCUCUCUCUCCCUCUCACUCUGUCUCUCCCUCUCACUCUGUCUCUCUCUCUCUCUCUCCCUCUCACUCUGUCUCUCCCUCUCACUCUGUCUCUCUCUCUCUCUCUCUCUCUCCCUCUCACUGUCUCUCCCUCUCACUCUGUCUCUCUCUCUCUCUCUCUCUCUCUCUCUCUCUCUCCCUCUCACUCUGUCUCUCUCUCUCACUCUGUCUCUCUCUCUCACUCACUCUGUCUCUCCCUCUCACUCUGUCACUCUCUCUCUCUCUCUCUCUCUCUCUCUCUCUCUCUCUCUCUCUCUCUCUCUCUAUAUAUCUUUCUAUCUGUCUCGCCUGUCUCUCUCUGUGUCUCUCCCUCUGUGGUGCUCUUCCAUGUGUAGAUAUCUGUUGGCUAAGUCAGAAGAAGCUUCCAGGGCAGGCCGUCUGAUUCAGAUAACACGUGUAGAACGGGGGGAGCGGCGAAACCAAAGCUGUUGUUGCGAGUGUUUAAUGAAAUGUAACAGAAUCUCUUCCAGGUGAACCAUCACUCUGGACCCAGCAACAACACUAUACCUGUACUCUGAGAAUCACUUACAGAAGGACUAGCCUGACUGUUGACUAAAGUUACUUAGACGCAUCAAAUACUAAGUGCAGAUAUGGUGUGUGUGUGUGUGUGUGUGUGUGUGUGUGUGUGUGUGUGUGUGUGUGUGUGUGUGUGUGUGUGUGUGUGUGUGUGUGUGUGUGUGUGUGUGUGUGCGUGCGUGCGUGUAUGUGUGUGUGUGUGUGAGAUGGUGACCGAGUGUGAGUGUGUGUGCAGUGCUGAGGGUAGUAUUUUGAUUCGCGGUUGUGGGUCACGAUGCCACAGCGAUAUUGAAGAGCUGUGAGGAACGCAGUGCCUUAGACCGCUGUUCGGUCACUAACCACAACCAGGAACGCGUGUUUGGCAGAAGGCUGGUACGAGACCCAAUGCUUGGUGAUUCUACGCCCGUCCCAUGUUUGUUUGACUGCAUAUAGAUACAAGCUUGAUCUUUUAUAUUCUACUAGAAGUGCACAGACUGUAAGGUAUAUGUAUGUAUGCCAAUAAACCCUACAUAAACUACAACUACCGCGAUGUGUCACCAUCGUGAUGGGACUUUAUUUUAAGAUACAACCACGUAGUAACCAGCAGAAUCAGAAUCACCUUGGUACAUGAUAAUACAACUAUUAGGCUUGGUUCCUCAACAGCCACAGCAGCCAGCAACAAUAAAAGAUAAAGAAAAUAAAGAUAAGUUCAAAAUAAAAAUAAGUAGCAGGAUAGCGCACAAUAAUAAACGGAUACAUAAGGCCUAAGGGGAUAUAGCAAAUGGAAUUGCUUCGGUACAUCUGUGUGAUUCCCAUUCCAAACACGACCUCAACGUGCUCCUGCAUUACGCAAUCGACUGGGGGGUUACAUAAUGGGUCUCCCAAACCGGGCCGACCAAUGUGUUUCGCUGGCGCUUGUAAACCCUUUUACCUAAGCGUUCAUUCGGAAAACCCUUUUAUUCCUACAUUUAAUGAUCUUCAAUCAGAAACUGGAUUCAACCGUUUCUAUUACAUCCUAAAUAAGCAUUAGAAAAAUCCAUAUACUCGGAGUUCAUAGGAGUUUGUAUUACUGAAAAAUUGCCACCGCAAAUAAUUACUGCUAGAAACCGGAAAAAUACCUAAAAUAAUUCCCGUAAGUCGGUGUUGUAAAUUCAUUGAGGUAAUUAAAGUUGUUUGGUGAACUUGU